AUGGCUAUUUAUACGCCAGGACCAUUCCGACUUGUGACCGUCAAUAAUGCACCCGAGAGGGCCAAGUAUGUUAUUGGAAGGGUGAUUGAUGGUCUGAAAGAUCGAUAUGAGAUUGAAUAUGUUGGGAACUGUGACGGUAUUGACAAAAUUGGAAUCAAUGACUUUGAUUCAGUGGCUCUGUGCUGUGCCUCUAUGUGGACUGCUGAGGAGAGCGAGGGCAUGAUUGAGACGGCAAGAGGAAUCAGGCCCAACAUCAAGACACAUGCUAUUCCAUACGGUCUGCAGGUGGCAAAAGGGCCUGAAGCGAUAGUUGAGCACUUGAAGGAUCAAAUUCCUCGAUUAUUGGGAUAG